CUUUGCCCGUUGCGACGACUUCGGCAAGCCCGCGCAAGACGGGGACGCAGAAUGCACCCCCUCGUGCUUUGCUGAUGGCCCCGUCAGGUCAGCAGCCUUCAUCAACACGAGGAGUUGCGCAAGUACCCACCGUCACUAGUAGCAUGGCGCCGUCGUCCAAUUUCGCCUCGAGACAAAGUAACCCCACUGUCGUCGGUUUCUCUUCUGGGACGUCUAUGCAGGGCCCUGCACACAAACGCCCCGCAGGCGGCAUUCCUGGUAGCGUCGCACCUUCAGUCGGCCCCCGUUCUCAGCCCAUCGCUCCCGCCACAUCCUAUGCGCCGCGACGUGACCCAGGCAACACUCAGGGUCCAGUUUCAGGCAUACAGGGGAACAUGCGGGCUCAGGGAUACGGGCAGCCUCAGCCUCGCCCGGUGAAGAAGAUGCCUCCUGGUAGCAGAAGGGAGGCCAGUGGGAUCCGUGAGCAGUUUGUAUUUGGAGCAUCACCUGGUCGCGUCACCAACGUCGGAGCCAGUCAGUAUCGAGGAGGAUUUCGCUAGAACGAGGUUCACGCACAUAUUUAUCGCCUGAGCUAUUGGACAUCUCGUCUUAUGUAUUCCCUGACCUCGAGCAACAGCCUAGUCACGUCAGCAUUCUAUGUACACUCUAGAACGAACGGACUCACGGACCAAUAUCCUCGCAUGUAUCAUUUGUAUCUUCUUGCAUAGUCUUCCCUUCACCCUGUCUUUCGUCGACCUUCUGUGUAGCCUUGUUACAGGAGUAAUUUUGCGUGUAUCAUUUCCCGUCUAGCAUUUAUAUUCGAUCUCCCAUGCAUCAAUGUAUC